GAUCACAAUUAUCACCAUCCAGUGUCAGCGACCAGCUCACUCAAACUCUUUUUUUUUCAUCUCCACUGGGAAAUAAAGCAUCAGUCACACUGGAGGUGACCGUCACAGAAGCGUUAAUUGCUCACGUAGACAGUACGGCCGUACUUGUGAGCCUCGGCAUAGAGAUGGAGAUGGAGCAUUUCGACGAGCGGGACAAAAGUCAGAGACACAGCCGGUCCAGUGCGAAGAUGAACGGGGUGGCGAGUCCUACACACAGCGCCUACUGCAGCCUGUACCGGACCAGGACCCUGAAGACUCUGACCACGGAGAAGAGAGCCAAGAAGGUCCGCUUCUACCGCAAUGGAGACCGGUACUUCAACGGGAUAGUAUACGCCAUCUCCACAGACAGGUUCCGGACCUUUGACGCGCUGCUGGCGGACCUGACCCGCUCCCUGUCCGACAAUGUCAACCUGCCGCAGGGCGUCCGGACCAUCUACACCCUGGAUGGCUGCAAGAAGAUCACAAGUAUUGAGCAGCUGGUAGAAGGUGACAGCUAUGUGUGCAGCUCCAUCGAAGCUUACAAAAAGUUGGAUUACACGAAAAACGUGAACCCCAACUGGUCGGUGAAUGUCAAGGCCUCGGCUGCAUCCUCCCGCGGGCCCCCCUCCCUGGGCAGCGCCAAUGCCGGGGCCCCCGAGAGCCGCGAAAUCAAGGACUUCAUACGUCCAAAGCUUGUGACAGUGGUGCGGAGCGGAGUGAAGCCCCGCAAAGCUGUGAGGAUCCUCCUGAACAAGAAAACAGCCCAUUCCUAUGAACAAGUCCUGACUGACAUCACUGAUGCCAUCAAGCUUGACUCCGGAGUGGUGAAGAAGAUCUUCACACUGGAGGGCAAACUGGUGUCGUGUCUGCAAGACUUCUUUGGUGAUGAGGACGUUUUUGUUGCGUGUGGACCGGAAAAGUUCCGCUACCAAGAUGACCUGAUGUUGGACGAGAGUGAGUGUCGUAUGAUGAAGGCUGUGAACUAUGGGAAGGUGUCUGGCUCUCUGAGCCGAGGCUCCCCCAGGACUGUCAUCCAAUCACAAUACAGCAAGUCCCCUGCAUCUGUGAACGGGACGCCGGCCAGUCAGCUGUCCACUCCCCAGGGGAAAAAAACCCCCCCCCCCCCCCCCCCCCCCCCUGGGAACUUGGGACAAAACAAAGGGUCCCAGGGUUCUUCCACCUCUCUGUCUUCCACUAAAGUUUCUAGCUCAGUGGAAGACGGGGAUGGACCUGUCACUGAAGCUGAUGUUCUAGUCAAUGAGGUUCCAGCAGUGCCGUCCUACAUAUCGGACCGAUACAAGGUGGGACGCAUGUUAGGCGAUGGAAACUUUGCAGUUGUCCGGGAAUGUGUGGAGCACUCCACAGGACGGGAGUAUGCUCUGAAGAUCAUCAACAAGGGCAAAUGCAGAGGCAAGGAGCACAUGAUCCAGAACGAGGUGGCCAUCCUCCGCAGGGUUAAACAUCCAAAUAUUGUCCUGCUCAUAGAGGAGAUGGACACUUACAGCGAACUCUAUCUGGUCAUGGAGCUGGUCAAGGGGGGAGAUCUGUUUGAUGCCAUCACCUCCGCCAACAGGUACACAGAGAGAGAUGCUAGUGGCAUGCUCUACAAUCUGGCCAACGCCAUCAAAUACCUCCACAGCUUGAACAUUGUGCACAGAGACAUCAAACCAGAAAACCUGUUGGUGUAUGAGCAUGCAGACGGCAGCAAAAGCCUGAAACUGGGAGACUUUGGUUUGGCGACUGUGGUGGACGGACCUCUCUACACUGUCUGCGGGACCCCGACAUAUGUAGCACCUGAAAUCAUCGCAGAAACAGGGUAUGGCCUUAAGGUGGACAUCUGGGCAGCUGGAGUCAUCACCUACAUCCUGCUUUGUGGUUUCCCACCCUUUAGAGGGAGCAGUGACGAUCAGGAAGUGCUUUUUGAUCAGAUACUAAUGGGACAGCUAGAAUUUCCUCUACCAUACUGGGACAACGUGUCAGAGACUGCCAAGGAACUGAUUCGAUCCAUGCUGGAAGUGGAAGUGGAUCAGAGAUACACUGCCCUCCAGGUGCUAGAACACCCUUGGGUCACUGAUGAGGGUCUAUGUGAGAAUGAUCAUCAGUUGUCAGUAGCAGGGAAGAUAAAGAAGCACUUCAACACCAGUCCGAAGGUCAAUGACACCACUGCAGGAGUGUCAGUCAUUUCUUUGGACGACAGUUUUUCUAUGCAGAGAUCUGGGUCGUUGGAUUUCUACCAGCACCCGGCCAUGUACUGGAUAAGGCCACCCCUCUUGAUAAGGAGGGGCAGGUUCUCAGACGAGGACGCCACCCGAAUGUGAAGCCACUGCCUUUGCAGAUGAUGCUGACAAUGAGUAACGACAUCAACAACGAAAACACUAUGGGCGGAGCCUCCCAGUUGCCUCCCUGGCCUGCCCAUGGCCCCUCCCUCUCUGACCCCUGACACUUGCUCUGACCCUUCCCCGAACCCCAGCCUCCCAUCUGACUCUGAUGACAUCUCCAUCAGCUCAGCCAGAUACGUCCACUCCCCCAACUCGCCUUUCUAGAGAAGAGGCGGAAUGGAGGAGGAAGAAGUGAGUGGGGAAAAUCCUCAUCCAGCUCCUCCCUCUAUAUGGAGGAGGAGGAGGAAGAGGAGACGUCAGCUUCCCCACAGUCUUCUAUCUAAGGCUGGGAGUGAACCGGGGAAAACUGUGGAGGAUAAAAAAAAGUGAAAUCAGAGAUAACUUUUAGCUCCCCUGAAUCCAUCUUUCCAAACCUGGAGGAGAGAUAGAUCAAAGGGUGGAUAGAUGAAAAGAGGGUAGAGAGGUUGGGAGAAAGACUAUAGAGGCAACAAGACACAAAGAACACGAGGGAAAAGGCGGAAUGGGGCGAAAUACUUUUUAUUUAUUUAUUUUUAACGUUCUCUCAUCUGAGCACAUGUUGCCAAGCUUAAGGAGCGAGAAAGGGCGACAGUAUUGUUUACCCUUCAGUGAUGAUCCAGGCUCAACAUGGAAACUUCCUUAUGGUGGAGCAGCUCUACAAGGCAAUAUGAGAAUAUGGACCAAUGUUCAUGUUUUAUUGAACCUUAUUUAAUCAUUCCUUAUUCACUGCAUUUUUUAAUAUGUGUUUCCCUUUCUCAUAAAGGAUAUGUUUUUGUUGAUUUGUCCUAAGAGCUUGGUGUAAAGAAAAUAAUUAAAAAGUGUGUAGAAGUAGAGCUCAGAAAUGUUAGGCUACUGGAGACUAAUUUGGGAAGAUCAGAGCUACAGUGUGUAGAGAAAGGAGUUUUUCUUACAAAUGUGUUAAAUACAGUGUUCAUAGGAAGAUAAAUCAUCAAAGACAGCACUUGUGCUAAAGUAUAAUUCUGUGCUCCACACAGUAUUGGCGUUGCCUUCCUGUAAUGUUGGAUUGCAGUUUACAUUUUACACAGACUGCUAUUAAGACAACAAUGGUGCAUUUGAUCCCUGCUUGUAAUUUUGUCAACUGCUUCGUUCAUGACAUAUUGAUACACAAAAUUCAGCAGCAUUCAGGUGCUUGUGUAGCAAACUCAACAUUUUUUCCUCAAAGCGCACAUUUUCACAAUCAUUCUGAAUUGAUAUCAUAUUAAUUUUGAUAUUUUGUGAAGCCUUGUUUACAUUUUCCCCAACACUGAAGGCUUAUUUCAUCCACAUAUCCCAGCAGUAAAGAAAGGUAUAAUUGUUGCAGCCUAGGUGUACCAGUUGUAUGGGUUUGGAGAUAUGUUUUAGGUUGUAAAUGUAUACAAUUAACCGUUUAUGAGGUCUGCCUAUUUGCACAAAGUAGUGCAGUCUAGGUGCAGUCAAGAAAGACAGUAUGGAUGUCGGAGAACCAGCAGCACUCUUGGAAAGCAGAACAGUUUAAAGGAGAGAAGAGGAUAUAUUUUAGCUCUGUACAACCUCAUUCAUGGCUUCAUUUAUUCAGAUGAAAGCAUGCCAGACAUACAGUAGCCUAUUCUUAUAAAAACAAAACAGUUUGUGAUGAAGUAUUGUUUAUAUGUUAUGUAAAUAACAUAAUUUCAUUUAUUUUGAUAGUUCACAAUACAGUAUAUUUCUUUACUAGUAGCUAAGUCUUUGGAAACUGUAAAAAAAAAAACAACCUGUCAUACAUGUGUAUCAGUCAGUCAGCAAAGAAAAAAAAUAACCUAGAGGAGAUCAUCAGGUUGAAAUGAAACAAUACAGAGAAGUUGAAAAAAAACAAAAAAACAUUUCGACCUGACGUUGUACUGCCUGGAUAGAUAUACACAGGCAAAUAGAAGAAGGAGAUACCUACAUCUUUGCUUCUUGUUAGACACUGGGAAUGAUGUCACUUCCUUUGCAAAAGCCACCGGCAAGGGAUUUCCAGUAACUGAUGUGAGAUAGCUGAGAGGAGUCCUUGCAAUUGUCACAUUUGUCUGUCAUUUUCUGUAUUUAUUCUCAUCAUCACACAGUUAUGUGCUGCCAUAUUGACCAGAUCAGUAUGAAUUUGUUGUGCUGUUGAAAUCCACUCUCUCCAGCACAAGAGCACAUGUGGUUUACCAAAGUGCUCUCACUGCUGCUCCACAGUAUUACAAUAUGUUGCAAUACCAAUACCUGUACCUCUGUUAAACAAUUGUCUAUCAAUAAUAAAAGUAAUAAUGAAAAAA